GGCUCAUUGUACUGAAGGCUGCUGACUGCCAGCCUGCCUGCAGAAUCAGUGUUACUGCGGGAUCCCACCUGGAAGCGCACAUCUUAUUUCUCCUACCUGAGUGCUCUGAGGAUAUGCGUCAAAAGGCUGGGAUCCCUUUUCUUUAUGUUGGAGUUGACUGCUUGGCUGGCAAUGAACUGCGAUAACACACUUCGAUCCUAAUCGGCGCUUGUUCUUGCUGUCCUUCCACAUCAGAAGUUUAACAGAAGCGGACUGAGCUGCUGAGGAGGAGGGAGACUCUGACUCUGCGCUGGUUGGAAAAUCAGAGCAGCUCUAUCAAGCCGAAAAUAAGAAGGACACUAAGGGUUGCAUGCCUCAGUGCCAAGACUCUGCACCAAGUGAGAGACCUCUGCUAAGGAGACGCAAAGACAUAUCUGGAGAAUGGAGGACAGAAGCGAGGAAGACUGUGCCCAGGAGAACGGACAAAGUGACGGGACAAACAGCAAACCCAACGGCUCUCCCUGCACCAGUCUGAGGAUGUUUCUGGUAGCAUUGUCAUUUGCCUAUUUUGCAAAGGCCCUGUCAGGGAGCUACAUGAAGAGCACAAUAACUCAGUUGGAAAGGCGCUUUGACAUCCCCAGCUACCUAAUAGGAGUCAUUGAUGGGAGCUUUGAGAUAGGUAAUCUGCUGGUGAUAGCUUUCGUUAGUUACUUUGGGGCCAAACUUCACAGACCAAAGAUAAUUGCUUUGGGAUGCUUAUUGAUGUCUUUUGGCACCUUCAUCAUUGCUCUGCCCCACUUCAUCAUUGGACGCUAUGAGUUUGAAACAUCGGUGAGGUGGGUGGUAAAUUCAACGCAGAUCUCAUCUCCCUGUCGGGGAGAUUUACCCGAAGACCUGACACAAGCUGACAGAUCACCUCAAGCGCCAUCCACAGACUGCGAAGGCGAGUCCAACUUAUCGAUGUGGAUAUACGUGCUCCUAGGUAAUGUCUUGCGGGGGAUUGGGGAGACACCCGUUCAGCCUUUGGGGAUUUCUUACAUAGAUGAUUUCGCUACAGAGGAGAAUGCUGCACUUUAUGUUGGCUGUGUGCAGACCAUCUCGGUUGUCGGGCCCGUGUUUGGAUACCUGUUAGGCUCCCUUUGUGCCAAGAUCUAUGUGGAUAUUGGGUUUGUAAAUAUGGAGACCAUCACCAUUACACCAACAGAUGCCCGAUGGGUGGGUGCCUGGUGGCUGGGCUACCUCAUAGCUGGGGUCAUAACUUUGCUCUCUGCCAUCCCGUUCUGGUUUCUGCCCCGAUCUUUGCCCACAGCUGGUUCCAGGGUCCCAAAGAAGAGCACUCAGGAGGAAGCAUGUUUCAUCAAGGAAGUUCCCCAUCCUAAGCACAAGUACCAAGCAGAGGAACACACCAGUUUUACAGAAAUGGCUAAAGACUUUAUUCCAACCCUACGAAUUCUAUUUGGACACCCCGUAUAUGUGAUCUACCUGUAUGUGGUGGUCAUCCAGCUCAACUCUCUCAUUGGCAUGGUCACAUACAAGCCCAAAUACAUCGAGCAGCAUUUCAGGCAGUCUGCCUCCAAGGCUAACUUUCUCAUGGGAGUGAUCAAUAUCCCCGCUGUGGCCCUGGGAAUGUUUUCUGGUGGUCUGCUGAUGAAGAGGCUGAAACUGAACAUCAUGGGAGCAGCAAAGUUUGCUUUUUGCACCUCUUUGAUCGGAUACGUCCUGUCAAUGUUCUUUUUCGCGAUGAGCUGUGAGAACGCCAAAGUAGCCGGAGUGACGGUUUCAUACGACAACGUGGACACUGUAUCUUAUGACAAACACUCACUUUUCAUGCCCUGCAACUCAGAUUGCUUUUGUUUAUCGAGUGAGUGGGACCCAGUCUGUGGGCAGAAUGGCAUCACAUAUGUCUCUCCAUGUCUUGCUGGUUGCACCACUUCUACAGGCUCAGGGAAGCACACAGUCUUCUCUAACUGUAGCUGUGUCGGUGUGGCUGGUAACUUUACUGCUGCUACAAGUCAGUGCCUCGACAAGGACGACUGCGACAGGAUGUUCCCAUACUUCCUGGCUCUCUCUGUCAUCACUUCCUUCAUCAUCUCGCUUGGUGGGACUCCAGGCUACAUGUUUCUCAUUAGGUGCAUAAAACCACAACUGAAAUCUCUGGCACUUGGUUUUCAUGCUUUGGCAACGCGUACACUUGCAGGGAUCCCAGCACCCAUCUACUUUGGAGCAAUCAUAGACACCACAUGCCUCAAAUGGGGUCAGAAAAGAUGUGGAGGCACUGGAGCCUGCAGAAUCUACAAUACCACAGCGUACAGGAUAGCUUACCUGGGCCUGACUCUGAGCCUACGGACUAUCUCGUUCAUUAUUUGCAUCCCGGGCUUCAUCCUGCUCAGUCGACAGCUGAAGGAGGAGGAGAAAAAAAGCAUCUUGACUAACGGCGGGACCGAACUGGAGCCGCUCAGGAAGGAGCAGUGUGUAGUUCUGAAUUCUGAUCACGCAGCGAACGCGACGGAGAACAGCUCAGACAAACACGUCCAGCUGUGACUGCUCAGAAGCAGGAAAGACUGUGUGUUUUAUGCUUAUCGCUAACAAAGUACAUCCAAAGAAUAUACCUAGUGAUGCACACACACACACACACACACACACACAGAUUUGCAGGGAAUCACAUGUUGUGUUCAAUCAUCUCAUGUGGACCAUGAAAUUUAUAUUUGUACGGCUGAAUGUCUGAAGGUGUUGAGAAUCUGGCAAAAAUUUGACUAGCCUGAUGUAUUUAUGGAAUGUACAUUCUGCUGUUUUUCUUAAACUUUCAAUCCGGACACAGGACUCAGACUGAAAAUAUGACUGGGAAGUGGUGGCCACUACAAAACAGUACAUUAUGUUUUAAACACCAGCAUCCAUUGAGCUGCCUCUGUAAGUAGUUCUUCUAAACGGAGGGGGUUCCUCCUGUUGCCAGUGUAUUUAAACAAAAGAGGAAAAGUGGCCUUAGGAAUCAGAGGCGCAACAGGCUUUCUAAGGAAUGUUAUUUUUCCUUUUUAUUUUAUUUACUGGUCUGAGCGUGUUCUUGGGAGAUUUCAAGGGUUUGCAGCUGUUGAUGUCAUGUCAAGUACACAAUAUGUGCCUCAUUCACUCAACCGUUACCUCUGUGUGCCAUCUGUCCUCCUGGUUCACAUGUGAACAGUUAUCGACUCAAAUCUUUUGACAUUUCAAGCUGCUGGUUUUGAAACUUGCAGAGAAAAGGUUGAAAUUUUAAAUGUAGGUUAAAAUGGACUUUUCCUUUAAUUAAAAAAAAAACCACAAUUGAUUUUGAUUGUAAUGUGGUUUGUCCUGUGUCCUUAUUGUGUAAAAAAAACCAAAAAAAAACAUUGGAAUUCAAAGUCACUUUGAAUUAAAAACUAGUGUUUAAAUACAAUCUGCUCAAAAGAUUUCAGAGAGUUACAAUCUAAUUCUGCAAAAAUGUUUUCUUAAGAAAACACAACAUACUAAACGUUUUUAAAGACUUAUGGUUCCUUUUUAGAAAAUAGUCCUCAGAAAAACCUGUUAAUUAUUGUGUUUUAUGCUGAGUACUUUGUGUUGCAACACUUGGUUAUUGGUAAACUCUUUGUUGAAUGUUUAUUUGGGUGGGUUGUUAAGUUAAAGUAUGUGAAGUGGAACCGCUGGGAGUCUUUCUGUAUGUUUUGCUCCGAUGUCAUUAGUGAUUGUUGAAUAUGCUCCGUUGGUUAGUUGUUUUUGUAUUUUUCUGUGUGACUGAGAUCAUCUGUGCCAAAACCCUGAAUCAUUCUGAUCUCUCCUCAGGUUGUAUUCCCAGAAGAAGCUUGUUCCCAGCAAUCAGAAGCCCUUUUUGUUAAAUUGACAAUUUUACAAAGUAAUAUAAGUAACUAUAACAAAAUGUCUUGAGAAAACUUGAAAAAGCACCAAACAUUUUAGAUUAGAAAAUUAGAAUAAUAGCAACAUUUGCAGCUUUCAGUUUGUAAAUUCAAAAUGAGACUUGGGAGACCAGCAUAAUGGAAAGGUCUUGGUGUUUAUUUUUUAGUCUCAGAGUAACAAACCUUAUGAUUUCACCUUCUUGUCAGAAGCCAAAAAUCUGGGAUUAUUAAAGUGUAACGAUAAUUCUCAGAAAAAAGGUUUAAGUUAUUUGUUAAAAACAUAACAAAUGAGUUGGAUAAUUUCAUUUCUGAUCAGUUGAGAAAAACAAUAAAAUGCUGACUUUUUUACCAUUUGGAAAUUCCUGCAAUUUUUUUUUAUCACAUCAGUACUGAAUUGUUCAGUUAAUUUAAAAGAAGAGAGGAGAUAAAUCAUGUUAAGCUGAUAAAAUAAGGUACGGUCAGUGUAGUCCAUUUAAUUUACACACAAGUCUACAUAAGUCCCUAAGAGCAGAUUUCCAAUUAUUUUACAGUUCCAGUGAUUUAUAAAGUAUAAAUUAUAGAAUUCUUCACAAAUAUUAUAUAAGCUGUGAAACAUUAUUUACCUCCCUACAGAUUUUUCCAGAUUUUCGUUUCAGGAGGUUUCAGAUCAUGCCACAGCAUGUAUUGGACUCCAGACUUUGACUAAGCCACUCCAAAGUUUUCCUUUUUCUGUGUUUAUCAUGUAAUGGUCCCAGACCAUGACACUACCACCACCAUGUUUAACUGUCAGUAUGAAAUUAUUUUGCUGAAAUGUUAUAGUUUUACACCAAAUGUAACCUUCCACUUUUGAUCAUCAGCCUUCAGAAUAUUUUUUCCAUACUGUAUGUUGAGGAGUUGGAGUUCUACCAUGGAUGCACUUAUUGCCCAGUCUAUUUGUUAUUGUUUAAUCAUGAACACUGACCUUAACUGAGGCAGAUGGGCUUGUGACCUCCUCUAUAACUCACCACUGCGCUCUUGGGGUAAUUUUGGUAUGCUGGCUACUCCAAUCUUUUUUGCCUACAUCAGACAGGUUCCAUUUAAGUAAUUUCUUGAUUUUACAGGUCUGGAGGUAAUCAGGGCUCGGUGUAAAAUAGCACUCCAGUUUUCCGAAAAACAUUGGGGUGAUACGUUUUUUCCAUAGGUGCGGGUAUUUUAAGGGCCAAAGCAAAAGCUUUUGGUGUGGAGAAACUUGACUUUCCUGCAGAGUCCUGAUCUCAACCUUCUUGAACUCCUUUGGGAUGAAUUAGAGUAAAGCCAGCAAUUCAGGUUUUCUCAUCUAACUAUGAACACAUUCCUAAACCUUGUGGAAGAUGUUUACAGAAUAGUUAAAGUUGCUAUUGCUGGCAACCUUUGGUCCAUCAACAAACUGGAGCUUAUAGAUUACUUAUGGAGCUCCUCGAGAGAAGAGUGUAAAGCAGUCAAUCAAAGGAAAGAGGGGCCCUUGUGGAAUAACCUAAAAUAUAAAAGAUGUUUUGAGUUAUUUCACCGUUUUUUUGUUUGCUACAUAAUUCCAUAUAUUUGGCAGCAAAGCUUCGAUGUCUUCAUUAUGUAUCUACAAUGUAGAAAGUAAUAGAAAUAAGGAGGAGCCAUUGAUCGACAAAGGUGUGUCCAACUUUUGACUGGUUGUGUACAAGGUAAAAACAAAACACCUUUUUCAUAAAACAAUUGCUUCGGUUUUACUUUGUGGGCAACCAUGAAUCAGAAAAUGAUGUGAGAGGUUGAAGGUAUCCAGUCCAGUUAUUUUAACAACAGUUAAAAACAUCAAACAGAACUUUGAAGCUGUCUCAGCUACAUUGAUUUAUUUUUUAAAAACAUACCUGUUAGACAUACAUAUAUGCCACUGAAUACAAAAUAAGGGUAAAAUCCCUAAGAUGUGGUAUUAUCCAACCCGAAAACAUAAAAGUUGUGUCUUAAAGUGAUUUAAGUGUCUUAAAAUGAUUUAGCUAGAGUGUGAAUUUGUUUCCCCUUCCAACCAAGAAUCAGAAAUUGAUUUUGUUGUGGUUUAGGAAAAACAUAACCUUAAUCUGGAUAACAAAGAUUUUUGCGAUUUACAUUAGAUGGGUUCCUCCAUUUCAUUAUGUAUUUAUUACAUAAAAUAUCAAAACAUAUUGGUUGAACUCAUUUAUGGUGACACUUCGGGAGGAUUAGCAGAUUUUUCAAGCCUCUGCUUUUGCUGUACGAUCCGUAAACAUUUAGGGUAAAUAUUGGUGAUUUUCAUAAUCUCAUAAUUGUUUAUAAAGUUUUUCAGUGAUGUCUGAAAAGAUUUCUCUCAUGGAAAGAUGUUUAUUUUUACUGUUUUGUCUAUUUAAUGUGUGUGUUUGGCUAUGUUGUCUGUUGGUUCAGUUUCAGGUUCAGUUUCAGCCAGUCAAUAAUAUAAAAAGGGUUUCAGCUGCAUUAAAGUAACCAGAUAGUAAAUACAUUUGCUGGAUUGUUUUUUUAAAAUGUGAAGAAAUAUUAUAAAUGUCAAUCAAAAAUAAACAUUUACUAUCAAAAAUCA